GUAAAACACCAUUCAAUCCCUUCAAUGCACUUGGCUGCAAGUACAGAGUUACUGUAGAGCUGUAGUGACCGCAAAUAAGAAGAGGGCAAAGCCCAAAACCCUACACGUAUUCUAGAUCGGAGCCGCAGCUACAGAAAAUGGAGGGUAUCGGAGUGUUGCUGUCGUGCUCGAUGGACCCGUACCUGGAACAAGAACUCGACAAGCGAUUCAAGCUUUUCCGGUUCUGGAGCUUCUCGCAGAAGAACAAAUUCCUGAGCGCGAACGCCAACUCGAUCCGCGCCGUCGUAGGAAACGCCGCUUUCGGCGCUGACGCGGAGCUUAUUGACGCGCUUCCUAAGCUGGAGAUCGUGUCUAGUUUCAGCGUCGGGUUGGACAAGAUCGACUUGGCCAAGUGUAGGGAGAAGGGGAUUCGGGUCACCAAUACCCCCGACGUGCUGACGGAGGACGUCGCUGACCUAGCGAUCGGGCUAAUGCUGGCAGUUCUCAGAAAAAUUUGCGAAUGCGAUCGACAUGUGAGGAAAGGAUUGUGGAAGAUGGGUAACUUCAAACUGACCACCAAGUUCAGCGGCAAAACUGUUGGGAUUAUAGGUCUUGGAAGGAUUGGGCUAGCAAUUGCGAAGAGAGCAGAAGCUUUUGAUUGUCCAAUCUGUUACCAUUCCAGAACAGAGAAACAAAACACCAAUUACAAAUAUUACCCAAGUGUGGUUGAGCUUGCUUCCAAUUGCCAGAUUUUAGUCGUUGCUUGUGAGUUAACUCCACAAACUCGCCACAUCGUCAACCGUGAAGUUAUCAAUGCACUGGGCCCGCAGGGAGUUCUCAUCAACAUUGGUAGGGGUCCACACGUUGACGAGCGUGAGAUUGUAU